AUGGAUUGCAAACUCGUCGUUUUCGGAUUAUUUUUUAUGGUAUCCGGACUUGCUGGUGAUCGUGAAAAUGUGACAGUGGUCGAAUCGAAUCAAGGACGGUCUAUUAGGGAUUCGAUUUAUAGGGGACUGCUCGUAUGUGCUCUACGGUACGACGCUGGUUGUUUCAUGGACGUCGCUCAUAAUUAUUUGGAUUUGAAAAGGACGGAAUUAUUAGCGCAAGCUGACCAGGAGGUAGCUAGGGCUACUGGUAGUACCAGCGCCCAAGCGAAACCAUCACAAAUAGCUAAAACUAUUGAAAAACUAUUCGCAGAUCUUACUGCAUUAUUUAAGGAUGGAUUCUCGAGUUGGUUCAAUUCUAAAGAUGACGAUGAUGAAGUAUCCAACGAUAAAACUAAAGAAAUAGAAGGAGACGAUGAUGAAGAAGACGAUGAUGAUAAUAAAAAGGGAGGAAAUGCCAGUCGAGACGUCGGAGUGAUUUUCCUAAAAGUAGCUUUACUCGUGAAAAUUUUCGAAGCCGUUUUGAAAUUGAAGUUGGUACUGUUAGGAACGGGAUUUUUGAUACUUUACGUAGUGAAAAUUUGGUUGGAUCACAAAAAUAGAAAGGACGAUCAUAUGGAAACCGGCGGAAUCGUUUAUAAGAAUCCGUUGGAAGCUGGUGGGGCCGAAUGGGCAGGACCUGGAACGCCAGGGGAAUAUCACGGCAGGAGUUCCGUAGAUGACGCUUACGCGCAACGAUUAGCUUAUAGACAACAUCUCGAAUAG